AUGGCUCCAAGGCCACCACCAGCAAGCCUCCGCAACGCCCGCUGGGCAUUCUGCCGAUUUGAGCCACCCUAUAAGUCCCUCCUCGCCGACGACGUCGUCGAGCUCCCUCCACCUCGACCGGGCAAGGACGAGGCUGCCAUCCAGGCCGCACUCAAGCAACUGGGAGGCAAGCUGGCGCAGAGGAUCGCUCAGAGGAUCCUCCCCAACGGGGAAUGCCUGUCGGACGAGGAUCCCGACGAGGACGAUGAGAGCGAGGAGCCUGCCACUUUCCGCUGGAGGGAUGCCAAUGCUGCCUUCGCUCGGGCACCACUACGCCCCCUCUUCGCCGAGGCUAGAAACGCCAAGGGAAGCAGCAGGACGCCCCUUGCAACCAUCAACCUCAACACGAAGCAGGCGUUCCUUCACCCGUCUGGCCUGCCGCACGCACAGGUCACACUCAACGUUGCCUCGAGUGGGACCGAGAUGGAGUGCAGCUUUCGCUCUAUCAAGAAGAUGGUGACGCUGCGUCACGACCUUCGCGAUGCUCAAUGGCUCCCCUCCCUCACCGCCGCCGCAAAGGCGUACAACCUCAUCCCGACGCUGAACAACCUGUCUCGCGCGGGCAACGCCGACGAGGCAAAGGCUGUCGCCUCCCUCCUCCUCGCCUUCUUUGCGGGGCCUCUACACGCGGCCAUGUCCUUCAACGUCAGCGAAGGUGCCAUCCUCCAAGUAAAGGAGGAAUUCGACAUCCUCGUCGGCGCAGCCGAGCAGCCCAGCUUCGUCGGCCAUCGCGGAACGCGCUUCCGCGACAAGAUGCACAAUGGCCGCUACCUCCUUGUCCUGGAAACGGCAGACCGCGUCAGCUGGGAGAGCAACCCUGGCCAGUCUCGCGCCUUCCUGCGCGAGGAUGACCGCGAGCGCGACAAGGGCAUCCUGAGGGCCAUGCUCUUCCAUCCUGCCUGA